GCGAUCUCGGGCUCAGAGUGAGCUCGGCUCCAGGUCAGCGGUAUGGUCACUUGUCAACUUUGCAGCUGAGCCGUGAGUGUGCCAGCGGUACACAAUUUCGCGCGUAAACACUAGUAGUAAAUUUGGGAAGAUAAAAAUUGUGCGAGAGCGAACCGACACUAUUUUCGAAACAAUGCCAAGAAACAUUCAGAAUGACAACAAAAAAUCCAGAGAAGUAACUCAGUGGGUAUUCAUUGCCCCAGGUUUGUAAUUAUACCCUUAAAAAAAUGACAACUGUCGUAAACCAUGGCCCUAUCAGUCGAGAUGCCCUACAAAACAAGAAGAUCUUGCAUGUCUGUCUUGUAUAUUUCCCCAUUGGAUUGAUGCUCGAAAGAAGAUCUGUGUUGAUUCAUCCAUCGAUGCAUUCCUUUUAUAUGUGCAUGUUCGCAUUUGUAGAAGAUGUCGUUUGUGGUCAAGAACGCGAUGAAUUAGAACCUGUGUUCAUAAAGAUUCCGCAUCCUCGCACAGGUAAUAUAAUAAUACCUUCAUUGAUCGUGCUGAGAAUCGCCCCGUCAGUUUGGUCACCUGGUCAAACACUUGAAAUCACAGCGGCAAAUCUACACUGUCAACGCAGUUAAUAAAAGCAAAUCAACUAAUAGUACCCCCACCGAGGCGACACCACGGUUCCCUUAGAAUCAAAACCCUUUUUAUGUAAAAUGCAGUCAUAAUUGGGGUUUUCUUGUAUAUUUGUAUGAUAGAGCUGUCUCCACCCUUACAUUUAGACAUAGCACUUGUUGUGACUUUUUCCGCAUACUGCUACGAUAUAUUUCUUUCAUCUCAGCUUUUCUUGGGAAGCAUAACAUUAUUUCCUAUUUUUCCAUUUCACUUAGAGAUCCCUGCCUCUGGAGGCUGUUUUGGUACACUUUCUUUAAGUCUUAGAUCUGCCCAAAUUAUAGUGUGAAAAUAUAACUUGUUAUUGAUAGGUCUGUGACACUUGUGGAUCCCAUGCACUAAACUUGCAUUCUGGCAAAGCUGUGUUUACUGUAAUAGUGCAUGUACAUAGUUUGAACUGUGUUCCAUUAGAGAACCAAUAUCUUUAAAACUUGAUUUGACAGAAUCAUGGUUUUUGACUCCUGGAAUUGUUUCCUUACCUAGUUUAAAAUUUUAUAAAAAGCAAUUUUGCAAGACUUGCUUUGAAGCUUAGGUUUGUUGUUGAAGCUUAGACACUUUCAGUACUCUGCUCACUUUCAGGUAUGGAACAACAGUUUUUGCUCUCUCACAGUGGGGAAAAGAUCUUUGAGGUCUUGAAAUUUACUGAAGAACCCAGAUCAUGGUUUAUAGAGGACUCUGUACAAAAAGGUAUUGAUAAACAAGUUAAACUCUGUAGCAACCAAACCUCUUCAAUUAUGAAAUAGAACAAAAUAUUUGCAUGUAACUGGUAAUUAAGUACCAAAGAUUGAAAUUACCACUUUCUUAUCCUUUUUGACACUUAUCAUGGAUUUCAAUAUGCUUCUCAUGCCCAUGAGAAGUUCUUUUUUUUCAUUGAAACCAGGCACUUGCUUACCCCCUCUGAAGUGUGGAUGUCUUGUAUUCUGCAGCAUACACCUUUAUUGAUAUCUAUCGGGCUAUACCAGCAACUAAACUACUCUCUACAUCUAGUUACAAGCUCGGCUUUUAUAGGUGCUGUUGAGGAUCUAGAAUGUUCUGUAACAUUACAACAUUCUAUUUAUAUAUUGAUUCAGGGAUGACUCAGCAUGACACAGCUACUUCUAGAAUAUUCUUGAAGGUCACAUUACACCCUCAUUGUUGUGUUUAGUCUUUAAUUGUUGUUUGUUUGUUUUUUUUUAGAUGGAAGCCUCUUUGUCAUUACUCCAGUGGACCCACUUUUCCUUGUUUUACCAUAUCUCACAAAAUAUUCUCAAAAGGUAGGGGAGAGUAUGGGCAUUAAUUAUUGACAACAACAACCUUUAUUUAGACACACUAUUUACAAAUGUUAUUAAGCUACAUGCAGAAGUAGAUGAACUAAAUAAGGGCUUGUCAGAGUAGAAUUAAUCCUAUCAUGAAAUCAUUUACCAUAAUCAUUCAAUUGCUCUGAAACAUCAGCUUCGAAACUCUUUAAGAUGGGUGGCCAAUUUACAUUAUCAACUCAGGUGAUAAAACCAAAUUAUCUAAACUACUUUCUAUUUGACUUGGUAGAGUACCUGAAUUGUUUGAGUGUCCUGUUUCUCUUUAUAUUGUGUGAAUGGAAAUAUUCUUGGAAUGUCAAAAACUGAGUAUGAUCUAGAGGCUUCCAUAACUUAUGUCCCAGUGUUUACCUGGCUGGUGAUGUUGGAAUAGGCGGCUUUUACUACAAAAGGGUCCAUAAAAAUCUCAUAUUACAUAAAACCUCAGCAGACAGUGCUAAGAGGCCUUUUUGGUGGUGAUAGACUUCUGUUACCAGUAUCUGGAUUCUAUUAAUACCAAAACCCUUGUUGACAUCUUUUAUUAACACUUGUAUUUGUUAUAUAUUAAAGUUCACACGGCAACCAGGUGGACAAUCAGACAUAGUUUGAUGCUACUCUGGUUUGCAGAUUUAAUGAAUGUAACCAAAGAAGUUACAAUUCAUAGACCCAACGUUUCAACACUCCUGUCUAGUGCCUUCAUCAGGGGUGAUCUAAACGCUGCAACAAGAGGACAGCAUUUAGAUCACCCCUGAUGAAGGCACUAGACAGGGGUGUCGAAACGUUGGGUCUAUGAAUUGUAACUUCUUCGGUUACAUUCAUUAAAUCUGCAAACCAGAGUAGCAUCAAACUAUGUCUGACUUGUAUUUGUUGUUAGACAUAAGUCACUAUUAUUAUUGUUCUGAUCUUAGAUUAGAACCCUUGAUCAACUACUUUUGGAUGAUUCUGAUCUUAGUUUAGAACCCCUGAUCAGCUACUUUUGGAUUAUUCUGAUCUUAGUUUAGAACCCUUGAUCAGCUACUUUUGGAUGAUGAGCACCCAUCAAUCUGCAGACUGACUGGUUGUCUUAGAUCUGAUGAGAUACUUAAUAUAUGUGAUGUUAAGGGUGAUGACGAUCUGCAAGUGUUCAGACUCGAUAAAGAGAAGACUAUAGCCUGGUUGAAAACAAAGGUGUUUAUAUUUUCUCUUUCUCAAGUCCUUGAUAUGCAAUGUGACAUAUUUAUCACAAAAUUGUGUUUCACUCUCUUUGUGUUUUUUUUGGUGAGAGAAAAAACUAACUGAAAUUUUGCAGGGCUAAUUUAAACUCUUUAAAUUACAUGAAUUGAAGAAGGACACUUUGACCUUACUUGAUAAGGAGAGAGCUUUUAGUCACUUUUCCAGUUUAAACAAGCAUCUGUUGGUCAGCCUCACUGCUCUUAAAAUGAUGUGCCCUCUAAUAAAACUACUAAACCCCUAUACAUUCUCUUUCUGUUUAUUUAAAGUAGAUCCAAUGAUUAUUAUGACCAUCAUGAUCAAGUUUAGUAAGACCAUAUUAUUUUUGGUAUAGGUUGAACAGACUGCAAAUGGUAUCUCUCAGAGUAGUGUCCAUGUUUCCAAAGGUUCUCAAAGUGCAACAUUCAUAAGGAGUAGACGGCACAUGGAUGCUUCAAGAUGUAAGAAAGAUAAUUGAAAUUCUAGCUAGGACAGCAGAGUCUCCUCACCCCUCCCUCACAUUUAAUGAGUGGUUACCCCUCUUCAAAUGUUUUCUCUCCUCCCCAUUAAUGCCUACUUCCCUUCUUCAUUGCUUCAGAGUGUUACUAGUUGUGAUUGGGGUGGUGCUAUUGUAAGAAGAAAUUUCAGAUGCUAGACACUCUAAGGGAUCAAAGGUUUACUCUUCUUUAAUUUUUGCAUGGAAGAGGUACUAACCUUGCAUCUAUAUCCAUCUACAAAUCUACAUUAAGAUUUAUUCAGUAUUAACUUCGUCAUCAUCACUUUCAGCUGACUAUGUGAGUUAUGCAUUUGGGUUGGUAUCUGAAUAUCUAUCCUUGCAGUGGAGUGAAAGACUCAAGGAAUCAUUGGGGUAAAAGUUACAUUAUGUGGUAUCUAUAAAGUACUAAAAUAAAUGAAAAUUCAAAUGUUUUCUUUUAAAUUUAGUAUUGUUAGAAUCAGAUGUGGAACUGGUUUAAAAAAGUAUUCCUCAUUUGAUGUAUACUUUGGUAGAUUUUCUUGGCAGUCUGUUAGGGCCCAAUUAUACAUGCAUUUGAGUGUCUUUCCCAAAAUGCAAUGCAAUGAUCACCAAUAGAAUUCUUUAGUAUAUUUUGUUUUCUCACGGGGGUCUCAAGGAAAUUCUCCCUCUCCUUUUGUACAUUAUGCCUAUGUAUGCUCAUGGAUAGGACAAAUUUUGAUAUAAAAACCUCUUUAAAGUAUCAACACAUUGCCUAAAUUGGGGAAAAAAAUGUACCUGCUAAAGAGGUCUAUUUGUGGUAAUUUUAAGGAUUAAAAAAGACCAGGAAUAGUGCCCAGAAUCCACAACAGGAAUUAAACAACAAAAGUUCUUGCAUCCUUAAGAAACACUAAAAACCUGUUUCUUCCAAAGGAUUGUGGAAUCAAGCCAAAAAAACAUAAAAACAUAGUGUGAGUGCAAGGGAUAACUUGAGCUUGCACUUACAAUUUCUGAAGGUAAAAAUUAAACUGGUGUUGGUCUACUUUAUUUCAGCAUCACAGAUGAAGCACAAUUAUCAUCUCCAGAGGGGCCUCCCACAAAGGUAAGAGUUGGUGAUUUACACCCACAUGACAGUAUUUUGUCAUAAUUUUACCUCUUAAUAAACUGAAGUGUUUCAUCAGGAACAUCUCAGUCAACAAGCUCCAUACCUCUUGGUCCGUGAUGAUGAGCCAAAAAGCAAACAAGUGUGCUGUGGUAGGGGGUUAGCAAGGGUUUCAUUAAAAGUCAGUGACUUGUGGUCUACUGCUGACCUCUCACAGGCGCUUUUGUUUGGGUUUCACCUUAGGCAGCCACGUAUUGUGUCAUUAACAGAUGCUUAUGGAAGAAGUUAUUGAAACCCCUGGGUUUAGAAUCCCUUUGUUUUUUCCCUUCCCUAGCUCCUCUUUUUUUUGUUUUUAUAUUGCUGCUCCUCUCUGCAAACUUAGUGCCAAAAUAGGCUAUUAGUGUCAGUUGAAUUCCCCUUCCCCUUUCCCUUCCCUCCCCCUUGAUAUGUCAAAAUGUCUGUCAUCUGAAACUAGAGGUCUUGUUCAAUGUACUUGUAAUGUUAGUCUGAAUGUCUGAAGCUUUGAUAUGUCAAAAACUCUGCAGUCAUGUGGUCCACCCAGCCAGAGCUUAUCCUUGUGUCCUUAGCAUGAAGCAACGAGGAGUAUCGUUUCUCUUCCUUGGAUGGAACGUUUGUCCAUUGCAUGGUUACCCCCUAGCAUUUUAUCAGGCUUCCCUGACAAUUCGCAGUUACCCAUCUAUCCUCUUGGGUGGAUAGAGCCAUUGUGAAAGUCCAGUGUUUUGCCCAAGAAUACAACGCAGUGAAGUGCCUAGGUCUCGAUCCAAGACAUCUCUACCCAGGGAACAGUGCGCUAACCAUCAGACUACCGCGUGUCCAACUUAAAUGAAUAUAUCCAUGAGGAAAAGUUUUUUCAGAGUAUAACAGGGUAAUAAAGUGUUAUCAACUGAGUUGAUAACAUACAUUGGCCACCGUAAAAGAGUUUCAAAGCUGCAUUUCAAAGCUUUGAAACUCUUUAUGGUGGUCAAUUUGCAUUAUCAACUCAGUUGAUAAUACUAAAUUACCCUAUUAUACCCUCCCACAGAUGCAGCAUCACAGUUUCUCUGGAAACUUACUCCCCUUUGUUCUCAGAGUAUUACCCUCAAUGAGAUGGAAGUAAAUGUUUUGAUUAGAAUGCAAACUGUUUGCUUCAAGAGGGUGCAACACAGAAGGCAGAUGCCUUUUUCUUUGAUAAUUGUUAGUUCACAGUCAAUCUUCAUAUUUAAUCAUUUGCCCUUUCCAGAGAGCCAAAGUAACUGAUGAGGUUCCUGAAGCUACAGAGGAUUAUUCCAAAGAAUUCAGCAAGCUGAAUUCUAAAACCGAAAAUGAUAAGGUAAGGUAUGAGCAUUAUGCAGAUGUUAUUUUGAAACAGUGGAAACUGCAUAAAAGAAACUGGAUCAUAGGCAUGCUAGCUGAAAAUAGAAUUUGCCCAAUUCAUUGUAUGGCAAGCUGUAAGUUAAAAUGGAGCAUAUCCUGAGUUGUGACUGGCUAAUUAAACAGCCAAUCUUCUUUCCUUUUUUAACUCGCGAAUUGCGCGCAUGCGCAAGAGCGAGUUAUAGAUACGAUGUGGGGGAUGGCAUUCGCUCGCUCGCUCGCUCGCUCGAUUGGUCGAUUCCUGUAAACUUUUUUUAGAUUUUCGGCUUUUGAGUGCAUUUGAUAGUUUUCGGCGAGCAAUAAACAGACGAAAUGACGACCUUUGUUGCUAAGAAUAGUGGUGGAGUGAAAAAGAAGCCAAUGAUAAUCUUAAAAGAGUUUUUUUUUUCGUUUUAGUUUCAACAAGCGGCGCCAGCGAUUGGCAGGCAUGCAAGGAUUCACACUGAAAUAACAGAACAACCUUCGCUUUUCAUAAAAUUGUAAUUUACAAUCCUUGAAUCCGAAGAUUCAUUGAAAAUAUCACUUACUGCGAAGCGCUCGGAGUUUACAGAUGUUCAAAAGCUUUUUCUGUUAUAGCGUGAGAUUGAGGACAAAACUGAUCAUUACGUUUCGUCGCGUGUGUUUUUCCUGUGUGAAGCAACAGAAGAUGCCGGCGACUGACGAAAUAACAAGUUAACACGAAAAUCAAAUAACACCUAAACAAGCAAUUUUAGCUACCGAUUUUCAGUGAAUUUUUAAAGAACAAUUUUCUUUUAAGUUUCAAGACAAUUUGAAGAUUCAACAUACAUACAACGUACUAAAAUGCGAAAGUUACACACCACAAAAUUGGUAAAUAGGCCUGAAAUGAAAUUCUAUCUUGUUAUUGAUUAUACGUUGCCUAGCACGUGACUUAAAUCUACCCAGGCGGAGAUCCAAAAUGACGGUGGCAGGCUUGGCUUAGUUAUAUCACUCAAAACUCGUUCCCGUUUGUCUCAUUUGAUAAAGAGGGAAUCGUUAAUGUUUUCAUUAAGACAGUAUUGCCUUGAUUUUCUAACAUUUACAACGAAAGACAGUAAAUGUCACUUUUCACCCACAUUUACUUCCAACCUUUUCUUUUGAACCAGAAACAAAAAUGAUAGACGUUUAAAACACAUGACAUCAUCCACCUUGUCAAAUGUAAUAGCAUGAUCAUUUCAAUUGUAAUGCCUUCUUAUCCCAACGUUACUUUGUUUCUUUGCUACAUUAGCGAACACUGAACUACUGCUCGUACUCUAGAUAUGACAAUCAACCACAAAAUUCCCUAAACCAGAUAACAUUAAACAUAAUCUAAAAAAUCAUGUGUCAAUUCACGAGGUUGCUCACAGAGCACUUUGAUUUGGUGGAGGAACACGUUUUCAAGAACUUUGAGGGGCAAUUGAGAUGUCAAAUGCAAAAUCCUUUUCACUUCUCAUCCAACAAAAAUUAAGGGAAUUGCUUUAGCUGGUCACAUGAAAUUAUGGAUCAUGGAAUCUUGCUAUUUUUGUGGAGAUUUCUACUUCCCAUGUGAUAUUAAUGAAAAUCACGUAUGUAAUGUUGCCAAUAUGGCGCACUGGUAUAGUAAAGACCAGUCAAAAUUCUGGAGAUUUUUGAAAUUUUAUUGAUAAGUUUUUUAUUAUUUUUAUCAUCAUCAUCAUCAUCAUCAUCAUCGUUAUGACUGUGAUUAUCAUCAUCAAUAUUAUUAUUAUUAUUACUGUUAUUGUUACUCUUAUUGUUAACUGCAGACUGCCACGAAGUUAACAGCAGCUCAAAAGUCACUAUCCAAGGUGGACAAAAAAGGCAUGAAGUCGAUAUCAAGUUUCUUUGGAGGUGCAGGUGGUAAAACGGCCAAAAAGAAAUAG